UUAUCCAUCCACCUACACGUUUUUCGUUACAAAAACUGGACAUUCGCAGCUGUACUGUCCUUGCGCUUACCGGCUUCCGUACACACUCCGAUUAUUGCUAGUAGCAAACUAACGGCUCGCUUCGCAAACAGGUGAAAGUCUUUUUCGCAAAGUUUCCCUUUACUCCGGGUUUCCUUCGCCAUGGCAUCCUCUGCAAUGAUCACCGUCCCGACCACCGCCUCCCGGUUCGCCCUGCUUCAAAUCGACUCGGAUUCGGAUUCCGAGGUGUCCGAGUCGGGGAAGUCGAACGCUAAAAACGUACGGGAGUCCUCUGGAAAGCCCCGGCAAGGUAAAGCAGGAGCAGCCGCAGGUAAGGCUGCUCAGGGCAGUGACAAGAAGAAAGACAAGAAAAAGAAGAGAAAGGAGCAGCAGCAGAGUGAGGCAAACGAGCUGCGUAAUCUGGCCUUCAAAAAGAUUCCUCAGAAGUCUUGUGCCCCGCCGCCCUGUAUGAGCCUGUCAGGAAUAGCCAAUGAACUUCUUAACCCGGCGAUAGGGGACCACAGCACAAAUUCAGAGGGGUGGCAGCAGUGGAAACAGAGAGAUGAACAGAUGACUACAGAACUGUAUGAGGCAGAUUUGGAGAAGGCUUUGAUCUUGAGUAAACUGGAGUAUGAACAACAAAAACAGUGUGUUGUCAUCCUGCAGAGCAACACAAACACAGCCUCACCAAAAUCACGAGGGGGAAAAGAGAGCGGAGGGAAGAAGGACAAAAAGAAGAACCAGCAAUCAAAAGACAAAAAGACGGUUUCUCUGCAGGACUUUCAGGCUGACGGCAGCACAGAACAAUUAAGUAGAAGACAAGAGGACACUAGAGUGGCAAACCCAGCACUGGGAGUCGGUCAGGAGGAGCGUUUCUUUAACAAACUGGAAGAUGAUGUAAGUCGUAUCGUCCAGAGAGAGAAGAGACGUGAGCAGUUCACCGGCAGCCAAGGACAGGAAGUCAGCACCUCUACAGAGCACGAACCGGACCCACGAGCAGAACAGUUGAAAUACGAGCUGGAGAAGAAAGACCAGGAGAUCAACAAGCUAAAGAAAACCAUCUCACAGUGGGAGGUGAAAUAUAAAGAGGUGAAAGCAAGAAAUGCUCAACUACUUAAGAUGCUGCAACAAGGAGAGAUGAAAGAUAAAGCAGAAAUUCUCCUACAGGUGGAAGAACUUCUGCAUAUUAAAGAAGAACUGUCAUCACAGGUAACACUAUUACAUGCUGCUCUUGAACAAGAAAGAUCUAAAGUUAAAGGGCUCCAAUCAGAACAACCAAAACAUCAGGGUAACAAGAGGGGGAAAAGAGGCUCUGAGGCAGAAUCAUAAAAGUUCCUGAGGGGAAAAUGUCUGAAAAAAAGUUUAAAUAAACGAAUGAACAAAUUGUUAAACACCA